UAAUUAUUAUCUUAAAAUGAAUCACAGUUAAUCUCAAGUAAGCCUAUUUAUGGUUUCAUGUGAAAAGUACAUCAUUCGGUUACAGUACUUAAUUCUAUAAAAUAAAAACAUAUUUGUGGUUUAAAAAAAUUAAGGAAAAAAAUGAGCCGGAAAUUUAGAGAACUUCAACGUGAAUGCAUUUCAAUUCAUGUGGGCCAAGCAGGAGUACAAAUUGGUAACGCCUGUUGGGAACUUUACUGUCUUGAGCAUGGAAUCCAACCAGAUGGCCAAAUGCCUUCAGACAAAACUGUUGGUGUUGCUGAUGACUCCUUUAACACUUUCUUCAGCGAAACUGGUACUGGGAAGCACGUACCCAGAGCAGUAUUCGUUGAUUUAGAACCCACCGUGGUCGAUGAAGUCAGGACGGGAACUUACAGACAAUUGUUCCACCCUGAACAACUGAUUACAGGCAAAGAAGAUGCUGCUAACAACUACGCUCGCGGCCAUUACACGAUUGGAAAAGAAAUAGUCGAUUUGGUUCUUGACAGGAUCAGAAAGUUAGCCGAUCAAUGCACCGGGCUACAAGGAUUUUUGAUUUUUCACUCAUUUGGUGGAGGCACCGGAUCUGGUUUCACUUCAUUGCUGAUGGAACGUCUCUCAGUCGAUUAUGGCAAGAAGUCCAAGUUGGAAUUCGCCAUUUACCCUGCACCCGAGAUUUCAAAUGCUGUGGUGGAACCCUAUAAUUCCAUCCUCACUACUCACACCACUCUAGAACAUUCUGAUUGUGCCUUUAUGGUCGACAAUGAAGCAAUUUACGAUAUUUGCAGAAGAAACUUAGACAUUGAGAGGCCAACAUACACCAACUUAAACCGACUUAUUGGUCAAAUUGUUUCAUCUAUUACAGCCUCUUUGAGGUUCGAUGGGGCCCUAAAUGUUGACUUAACAGAAUUCCAAACCAAUUUGGUACCAUAUCCUCGUAUUCACUUCCCAUUGGUUACCUAUGCUCCUGUAAUCGGCGUCGAGAAAGCUUAUCACGAACAGUUAUCUGUUGCUGAUAUCACCAAUGCUUGUUUUGAACCUUCUAACCAAAUGGUAAAAUGUGAUCCAAGACAAGGAAAAUAUAUGGCCUGUUGUAUGUUAUAUAGAGGAGAUGUUGUACCUAAAGACGUCAACGCUGCUAUUGCCACCAUAAAAACCAAACGGACCAUUCAAUUCGUUGACUGGUGUCCAACCGGUUUUAAGGUUGGUAUCAACUAUCAACCGCCAACUGUUGUACCUGGUGGAGAUUUAGCCAAAGUCCAACGUGCCGUUUGCAUGUUGUCCAAUACGACUGCUAUUGCAGAAGCUUGGGCCAGGUUGGAUCGCAAGUUCGAUCUUAUGUACGCUAAACGUGCUUUCGUACAUUGGUACGUCGGCGAGGGAAUGGAAGAAGGGGAAUUUUCGGAGGCACGUGAAGAUUUGGCCGCUUUAGAAAAGGAUUAUGAAGAGGUAGGAAUGGACACCGAACAAGACGAAGGAGAUGAUGCUGAAGAAUAUUAAAUGACGUCCUAAUGGUUCUUUUGAAUAAAUUGCUUUUUUUUCUUAA